AUGAUCUCGAUCGGUAUUAUCGAGGAGCUUUCGCAAUCACACCAUGAAUCUACCAUUGUGGCCUACUCUUUCUGUCAAAAUGCAGACGAUAGGUUCAACAGCCUUGAGGCGAUCAUCAAGGGUCUUAUUCGGCGAUUAGUGGAUCAACAACCGUCGCUCAAAAAGUCUCUACGAGACCGCUGGGACACUAAGAGAGAUCGUUUCAAGGAAGAUGUUUCUUCAUGGCAUAAUCUGUGGAACAUCCUUUUGGAGAUGUUAGAGCUUUCCAAGUGCCAGAGGUUAUACAUGAUUGUGGAUGCUCUUGAUGAGUGCCUAUAUGAUGGCAUGGCCGAUUUCUUAAAACUCAUUGUCCGAAAUGGACUAGAUCGCCCUGCCAAAAUCAAGUGGAUGCUGACAAGUCGACCAUUAGAGAGCGCAGAUAAAGUCUUAUUGGCAAGAAACGACCAGGUACAAAUCAACCUGGAGCAGCACCCGAAACAAGUUUCCGAAGCUGUUGAGGCUUACGUCGCUUCUAAGACGCGUGAGCUCAGUCUUCUUCAAGAAUACGGGCAACCCCUAGAGCGAAAGAUACAAGAAGAGCUCAUUAAGAAGGCUGAGGGUACAUUCUUAUGGGUUGGUUUGGUGUGCGAGAUACUUGAAAGUGUCUGCCUAGAUGAGGCCUUAGCUGAAAUUGAAAAGUUGCCACCCACUCUAGAUAAAAUUUAUGAUCGGAUACUGCAAGAGCUGAGCAAGAGUAAGCGAAGAGAUGUACAAAAACAUAUGAGAUUGCUUACCGCGAUGAUGCUGGCAUACCGGCCAUUGAAGGUAGAGGAGGUUAAUAGCGUGACUGGUCUAACUGAUACAGAGGAUGAUAUCAAUGCGAUGGUCGAUCGAUGUGCUUCAAUCAUCAAAAAGCAAGACAAUCAUAUCGAAUUUGUCCAUCAAUCUGCUCGAGACUACUUAGCAGGGGACAGUGGAAAAUCAAUCCUUGGUACUUAUGGCACUUAUGGCCAUGGUGAAGUUGUGCAGGGAUGUCUAUCUUAUUUAUCGGACAAGCUCACGGUCAACCUCCUCCAAUUAACACAACCCGACUCAACCAGAGACUGCUUGAAAGCGUUCAAGGACAAGAAAAGAGAGAUUCUACUCGCUAGCGUGGACUAUGCAGCUAUAUUCUGGGUGCAACAUCUCGUGGACGCCAAAAAUCCCGCGUUAGAGCAGGAAGCACUCGCUGAAGAAGGCGCCGUCAGUACGUUCCUCCAAACCAAGUUGUUGGAAUGGGUAGAAUGCCUUAGUUUGCUGAAAAUGCUACCGCGAGCUGUAGGAGCAUUGAAACAAUUAUCAAAAAUAGCAAAGGUUAAUAUUGGAUAUUUGCUUUUGGCAGCCAUCUUUGCUAACCAGCUACAGGACAACCAUUGGGCAUCGACACUUGUGCAAGAUGCUACACGGUUUUUGCUGCGACAUUACCACGUUAUAUCAAAUUGGCCAUUACAGACGUACACCUCUGCUGUAAUUUUUAGUCCUGAUUUAAGCAUUGCAAGGAGAAAAAAAAACUUGGCCAAGAUUCCCCGGUGGCUUAGAAAAUUACCUCAUGUGGAAGAAAAUUGGGCAUCUUUGAUCCAGACCCUGGUAGGCCACUCUGGCGCAGUCAGGGCCGUGGCCUUCUCUCCGAACGGCAAGCAGAUUGCCUCCGGCUCUUUGGACAAUACUAUCAAGCUAUGGGAUGCCACGACAGGCGACGCUCAGAAAACCCUAGUAGGCCACUCCGGCGCGGUCACGGCCGUGGCCUUCUCUCCGGACGGCAAGCAAAUUGCCUCUGGCUCUUACAAUACUAUCAAGCUAUGGAAUGCUACAACAGGCGACGCUCAGAAAACCAUAGUAGGCCACUCCGGCGCGGUCAUAGCCGUGGCCUUCUCUUCGGGCGGCAAGCAGAUUGUCUCUAGCUCUUACAAUAAUAUUAAGCUAUGGGAUGCUACAACGGGAGACGCUCAAAAAACCCUAGUAGGCCGCUUCGACUAUAGUACGGCCGUGGCCUUCUCUCCGGACGGCAAGCAGAUUGCCUCUGGCUCUUUCGACAACACCAUCAAGCUAUGGGAUUCCAUGACGGGUGACGCUCACAAAACCCUAGUAGGCCACUCCGGCGCGGUCACGGCCGUGGCCUUCUCUGCGGAUAGCAAGCAGAUCGCCUCUAGCUCUUACAAUAACAUUAAGCUAUGGGAUGCUACGACGGGCGACGCCCAGAAAACCCUAGAAGGCCACCUCGACCACGUUGCGGCCGUGGCCUUCUCUCCGGACGGCAAGCAGAUUGCCUCUGGCUCUUUCAACAACACCGUCAAGCUAUGGAAUGCCACGACGGGUGACGCUCACAAAACCCUAGUAGGCCACUCCGGCGUAGUCAGGGCCGUGACCUUCUCUCCGGACGGCAAGCAGAUUGCCUCUGGCUCUUUGGACAAUAAUAUUAAGCUAUGGGAUGCCUCGACAGGCGACGCUAAGAAAACCCUAGUAGGCCACUCCGGCGCAGUCAGGGUCGUGGCCUUCUCUCCGGACAGCAAGCAGAUUGCCUCUGGCUCUUUCGAUGACACCAUCAAGCUAUGGGAUGCCUUGACGGGCGACGCUAAGAAAACCCUAGUAGGCCACUCCGGCACGGUCACGGCCGUGACCUUCUCUCCGGACGGCAAGCAGAUUGCCUCUAGCUCUUUCGACAAUACUAUCAAGCUAUGGGAUGCCUCGACAGGCGACGCUAAGAAAACCCUAGUAGGCCACUCCAGCGCGGUCACGGCCGUGGCCUUCUCUCCGGACGGCAAGCAGAUUGCCUCUGGCUCUUUCAACAACACCAUCAAGCUAUGGAAUGCCACGACGGGUGACGCCCAGAAAACCCUGGUAGGCCACUCCGGCGCGGUCAGGGCCGUGGCAUUCUCACUGAACAGCAAGCAGAUCGCCUCUGUUUCUGACAACGGCACCAUCAAGCUAUGGGAUGCCACAACGGGCGGCGGCAUUCUGAUAGAAGCUUCAAAAUAUCUUUGGGGCAUUUUAAGUAGCCAUUGGAAGUUCUCUCCGUCGCAAGAAAUCUCGACACCAGGGCGGAUACACAAUUUAAGAUUAUCACGGAAUCCCCAGCUCGCAGCCAAUAUAGGUUUUGUUGAACAAAGCAGCAGCUUGGCAUCAUCCCUUGAUAUCCAUGUGAGUGAUCAGUGGAUAUGCUAUGGAGAAAUGCACCUCCUUCGGCUGCCGUCGAAUUUUAUUCCAAGUUGUUAUGAUUCGCGAAGUGAUCAAUUAACGAUAGGAUUCCAGAAUGGUCGAGUUUUGAGCUUUGCAUUUGACGCAAGUAGCCUCCAGUCGUUGAUGUAA